UGAAUGCUUGUUGAUGAAUGAAUGAAUGCUUGUUGGAUGAAUGAAUGCUUGUUGGAUGAAUGAAUGAAUGAGGUGGAGACGUUGCCAGGAGCAGACCAGGGCCUGGGACUCCAGACUCCUGACCCCCGCCGGCACCCAGUGGAGACUUCCCUGGAAGGAACCUCCUCGGCCGACUUCCCACUGGCUCAGCACGGGAGGUGACUGGGACCCUGCAGUUCCCUUUUGCAGAAGAGGAAACUGAGGCUCAGAGACUUCAAUGCCUCUGCCCAAGGCGGUCAGCAGCCGAUUCAGGUGCGCAGGAGGAUGGUGGCGCGGCCCUAGGCCCACGCUCCGCACCAUGACCUGCUGGCUGUGCGUCCUGAGCCUGCCCCUGCUGCUGCUGCCCGCGGCGCCGCCCCCGGCCGGAGGCUGCCCGGCCCGCUGCGAGUGCACCCCGCAGACCCGCGCCGUGGCCUGCGCGCGCCGCCGCCUGACCGCCGUGCCGGAAGGCAUCCCGGCCGAGACGCGCCUGCUGGAGCUCAGCCGCAACCGCAUCCGCUGCCUGAACCCGGGCGACCUGGCCGCGCUGCCCGCGCUGGAGGAGCUGGACCUGAGCGAGAACGCCAUCGCGCACGUGGAGCCCGGCGCCUUCGCCAACCUGCCGCGCCUGCGCGUCCUGCGUCUCCGGGGCAACCAGCUGAAGCUCAUCCCGCCGGGGGUCUUCACGCGCCUGGACAACCUCACGCUGCUGGACCUGAGCGAGAACAAGCUGGUGAUCCUGCUGGACUACGCGUUCCAGGACCUGCGCAGCCUGCGGCGCCUGGAGGUGGGCGACAACGACCUGGUGUUCAUCUCGCGCCGGGCCUUCGCGGGGCUGCUGGCGCUGGAGGAGCUCACCCUGGAGCGCUGCAACCUCACGGCGCUGUCCGGGGAGUCGCUGGGCCACCUGCGCGGCCUGGGCGCCCUGCGGCUGCGCCACCUGGCCAUCGCCGCCCUGGAGGACCAGAACUUCCGCAGGCUGCCCGGGCUGCUGCACCUGGAGAUCGACAACUGGCCGCUGCUGGAGGAGGUGGCGGCGGGCAGCCUGCGGGGCCUGAACCUGAGCUCGCUGUCCGUCACCCACACCAACAUCAGCGCCGUGCCGGCCGCCGCGCUGCGCCACCAGGCGCACCUGACCUGCCUCAACCUCUCGCACAACCCCAUCAGCACCGUGCCGCGCGGCUCGUUCCGGGACCUGGUCCGCCUGCGCGAGCUACACCUGGCCGGGGCCCUGCUGGCCGUGGUGGAGCCGCAGGCCUUCCUGGGCCUGCGCCAGAUCCGCCUGCUCAACCUGUCCGACAACCUGCUGUCCACGCUGGAGGAGAGCACCUUCCACUCGGUGAACACGCUGGAGACGCUGCGCGUGGACGGGAACCCGCUGGCCUGCGACUGCCGCCUGCUGUGGAUCGUGCAGCGGCGCAAGACGCUCAACUUCGACGGGCGGCUGCCGGCCUGCGCCACCCCUGCCGAGGUCCGCGGCGACGCGCUGCGCAAGCUGCCCGACUCGGUGCUGUUCGAGUACUUCGUGUGCCGCAAGCCCAAGAUCCGCGAGCGGCGGCUGCAGCGCGUCACCGCGGCCGCGGGCGAGGACGUGCGCUUCCUGUGCCGCGCCGAGGGCGAGCCCGCGCCCAGCGUGGCCUGGGUGACGCCGCAGCACCGGGCGGUGACGGCCGCCAGCGCGGGCCGGGCGCGCGUGCUGCCCGGGGGCACCCUGGAGAUCCGGGACGCGCGGCCGCAGGACAGCGGCACCUACACGUGCGUGGCCAGCAACGCGGGCGGCAACGACACCUACUUCGCCACGCUGAGCGUGCGCCCCGAGCCGGCCGCCAACCGGACCCCGGGCGAGGCGCGCAACGAGACGCUGGCGGCCCUGCGCGCGCCGCUGGACCUCACCACCAUCCUGGUGUCCACCGCCAUGGGCUGCAUCACGUUCCUGGGCGUGGUCCUCUUCUGCUUCGUGCUGCUGUUCGUGUGGAGCCGCGGCCGCGGGCAGCACAAGAACAACUUCUCCGUGGAGUACUCGUUCCGCAAGGUGGACGGGCCGGCGGCCGCGGCGGGCCAGGGGGGCGCGCGCAAGUUCAACAUGAAGAUGAUCUGAGGGUCCCCGGGGGCGGGGCCGGGCCCUCCCCUGCCCACCCACCCCGCCACCCCGCCACCCUCCCGGGCCGGCCGCGCGGGGCCAACCUGCGCAUCUUCCGGAGGGGGCGGGGCGGCUCCCCCUCCCCCGGCAGAAUUUCCCCUUUUUUUGUAGACGCCCGACCGCAGGACUGUUUUUCAUCAGCAUGCGUCUUUUUGCAGUUUCUCAAGCGUUUUCUAAAGGUUUCAACCGGUCUUCCUGUCCCUGCUAUGGUGGCUGAGCUGGGGGAGGGGGUGCGGGCUGCAAGGAUGGGGGGAUGGGCUGCCGUCUGCCAACCCGGGACGGCUGGGGGGGUCUCAGGCCCGCAGUCCACACCCAGGAGGCAUACGGCUGCUGCCGCCAGGCCCUGGGCUUCCUCUCCCCCAGCCCUUGGCACGAAGGUCACAUGGGGGAGACGGUGGACACCCAGCCCCCAGGGGAGGCUGCACAGAGAGUCUGCGCUUUUCACACCUGGGCGUCCUGCACC